AUGCUGACAAAAGGCGCGCUUGAACCGUCAGACGGACCAGCUUUGAGCGAAGAACAGAGGCAGAAGCUGCGACAGCUAAAAGUCGACACACAAAAGCGAGACGAAGCUUAUAUUCGAGAGCACCCAGAACUGGACCGAAUGUGCUCCGAGUUCCUGCGCGACAUUUCUCACAAACGACCAACUGACACUACCGCGUUCGCCGCGGCCUGGUUCACCAACGCAAAUCUCCAAUCCCACAUCGAGAAGAAGAUGCAAGAGAAAAAGCCAGAUCGUGACUUCGAAUUCGUCAAAGACGUUCCCAACUUGAAACUUUAA